CCAGGCGGUGCUCAGAGCUCAGCGGGCCCGCUGGCGGGCGGGGUUGGCAGAGAGCGGCUGUCCGGCGGGGCCGGCGGGCGGCAUGGGUCGGGUGCAGCUCUUCGAGAUCUGCCUGAGCCACGGCCGCAGCGUCUACAGCCCGGGGGAGCCGCUGGCGGGAGCCGUGCGCGUGCGCCUGGGGGCGCCGCUGCCCUUUCGAGCCAUUCGUGUGAGCUGCACAGGUUCCUGCAGGGUUUCUGACAAGGCCAACGGCACAGCAUGGGUAGUGGAGGAGGGCUACUUCAACAGUGUCCUGUCACUGGCUGACAAGGGAAGCCUGCCUGCUGGAGAGCACAACUUCCCCUUCCAGUUCCUGCUUCCUGCCACAGCACCCACAUCCUUCGAGGGCCCUUUUGGGAAGAUUUUGCACCAGGUGCAGGCCACCAUCCACACGCCACGUUUCUCCAAGGACCAUCAGUGCAGCUGCGUGUUCUACAUCCUGAGUCCCCUGAACCUGAAUAGCAUCCCCGAUAUCGAGCAACCCAACGUGGCCUCCACCACCAAGAAGUUCUCCUACAAGCUGGUGAAGACUGGCAGCGUGGUCCUUACUGCCAGCACUGACCUCAGGGGCUACGUGGCUGGCCAGGUGCUGAGGCUGCAGGCAGACAUCGAGAAUCAGUCUGGCAAGGCCACCGGACCUGUGAUGGCCAGUCUGCUUCAGAAAGUGGCCUAUAAGGCCAAGCGCUGGAUCUACGACCUGCGGACCAUUGCGGAGGUGGAGGGCGCGGGCGUCAAGGCCUGGCGGCGCUCACAGUGGCAGGAGCAGAUCCUGCUGCCAGCGCUGCCCCAGUCAGCCCUGCCUGGCUGUAGCCUCAUCCAUGUGGAUUACUACCUGCAGGUCUCCCUGAAGGCACUGGAAGCCACUGUGACCCUCCCAAUCUUCAUCGGCAAUAUCGCUGUGAACCAAGCCCCCCUGAGCCCUCAGCCAGGCCCCGGGCCGCCCCCUGGUGUUCUGUCCCUUGUGGUGCCCUCUGCACCUCCCCAGGAGGACGUCGAGGCCGUGGCUGGCGGCCCCCACGUCACAGACCCCGUCUCCCUCUUCACCAAGAGCCACUCUCAGCAGCCGCAGCCUGCUACCUUCGGCUCCGUGCCUGGCGCCCCUGAACCGGGUCCUCAGGACGGCAGCCCCGCCUCCCACCCUCUGGCUCCUGCCUUGUGCAUCUCCACAGGUGCCACCGUGCCCUACUUUGCAGAGGGCUCUGGAGGGCCGGUGCCCAUCCUGCCCCCGGAGUACAGCUUUCAGUGCCACCCCUAUGAGGCUCCGCCGUCCUAUGAGCAGAGCUGCAGCGGUGCUGACCCCAGCCUGACCCCCGGGAGCUGACCUCGCACUGCCUUCUCCCCCGCGGGCCUAGCUCUGCCCUGGGACUGGACGCCCAGGGCCUCGUGCCUUUGCUCCCGGCCUGGUCCUGUCCACUAAGGACUCGCCGCGCCGACCGUAGCCCUCUGUUUCCUCUGUGCUGCCUCUCUAGUCCCCUGCAGUUGGCCUCUACCUGCGGGACGGGACUGGAGGGACGCCAUGUAAAUAAAGCUCUUCGUUUGUAGAGCUGGGCACAGGCCGGCCUCUCGGGCGCCCUCCUGCGGCCGGGUGCGUAGCGGGGCCCAACCUGGGGUAUCCCUCAGCCCCGCCCCCUCCCGGGUGCACCCCCUCUCCUAGACCCCUCCCCACUCUGGGCUCCCGGUCCUCCUCAGCCCCGACCCUUCCGGAUGCAAGCCCCUCCACAGGCCCGCCUCUCCCAGGCUCCAGCCCUUCUUGGUCCCCGCCCUCUUACCUCCCGAGCGCGUCCCCUUUCCUCUGCCCCGCCCCUCCCCCCCCCCCCCCCC